AUUUCUUGGAACCACUUUCCAAUGGCAUUGAGCAGCCAAAGGGCCUUCACUUCAGCUACUGCAGUUUGUCCAUGGAAAUACCAAGUGUUUUUGAGUUUCAGGGGUGAAGACACUCGUAGGGGUUUUGCAGACUAUUUAUACAAACAGUUGGACUGGCGAGAAAUUAGAACUUUCAGGGAUGAUCCAGAUCUUGAAAGAGGGACAGAUAUCAAUCCGGAGCUUCUGACCGCGAUUGAACAAUCAAGGUUUGCAAUCAUAGUUCUUUCAACAAACUAUGCUUCAUCAAGUUGGUGUUUGCGUGAACUUACCCACAUUGUUCAGUCCAUGAAAGAUAAGGAGAGAAUUUUCCCAAUCUUUUAUGAUGUGGAUCCCUCUGAUGUACGACAUCAACGGGGGAGUUAUGGGGCAGCCCUCGUUAACCAUGAAAGGAAUUGUGGGGAAGAGAGAGAGGAGGUGCUUGAGUGGAGAAAUGCUUUAAAAAAAGUUGCUAAUCUCGCUGGGUGGAAUUCAAAGGAUUAUAGGUAUGAAACAGAGCUUAUCAUAAAAAUUGUUGAUGCAGUGUGGGAUGAAGUGUAUCCCACAUUUUCAGUGUUAGAUUCCUCAGAGAUAUUAGUCGGACUUGAUACUAAACUAAAGGAAAUAGAUCGGCAUUUAGAUACAAGUGCAAAUGAUGUGCGCUUUGUGGGGAUAUGGGGGAUGGGCGGAAUGGGUAAGACAACCCUAGCUAGAUUAGUUUAUGAGAGAAUUUCUCAUAGUUUUGAAGGUAGCUGCUUUCUUGCAGAUGUCAGAGAGGUUUAUGCAACACAUGGUCUAGUUUCUUUACCGAAACAGCUUCUUUCCAAUAUCUUGAGGAAAGAAAAUAUACAAGUUUAUAAUGCUUAUGAUGGAUUUACUAAGAUAAAGAGGUGUUUAUGUAAUAAAAAGGUUCUUCUCAUUCUUGAUGAUGUAGAUCAAUCAGACCAACUGGAAAUGUUGAUCAGAGAAAAAGAUUGCUUUGGUUUGGGAAGUAGAAUCAUCAUUACAACUAGAGAUGAACGUUUGUUAGUCGAAAAAGGGAUAGAGAAGGUAUAUAAGGUCAUGCCAUUAAACCAACAUGAAGCUCAUCAUCUCUUUAGUAAGAAGGCCUUUAGAAAAGAUGACCUUGAAGAAGAUUAUCUAGAACUGUCUAAAAAUUUCAUAAACUAUGCAGGAGGUCUUCCAUUAGCUCUUCAAACUUUGGGGUCUUUUUUGUACAAAAGAAGUCGAGAUGAAUGGAAGAGUGCACUAGAUAAACUGAAGCAAGCUCCUGACAGAAAAAGUUUUCAAAUUUUGAAAAUAAGCUAUGAUGGACUAGAGGAAAUGCAGAAGAAAAUUUUUCUUGAUGUUGCAUGUUUCCAUAAGUUUGGUGACAAGGAAAAAGUGAUUGAAAUACUAGACAGUUGUGGUUUUGUUGGCACUCGUAUUGUGAUACAUGUUCUUAUUGAGAAAUCUCUCUUGUCUAUUUCAAACAAGCAUUUGUCCAUUCAUGAUUUGAUACAAGAAAUGGCAUGGGAGAUUGUUCGUCAAGAGUCUUUUGACGAGCCAGGUGGUCGCAGUCGCUUGUGGCUUCACAGUGACAUCGAUCAUGUACUCACGAACAAUACGGGAACGGAAGCCAUUGAAGGCAUAGUCCUAUGCUUGCAUGAAUUGGAAGCGGCACACUGGAAUCCUGAAGCAUUCAUUAAGAUGUGUAAACUAAGGUUGCUCAAGAUUAAUGAUUUGGGCCUUUCUUUGGGCCCAAAGUAUCUUCCCAAUUCCUUAAGGUUUCUGGAGUGGAGUUGGUAUCCCUCCAAAUGUCUGCCACCAAGUUUUCAACCUGUUCAACUUGCUGAACUUCGUCUGCAGCAUAGCAAAAUUGAUCACCUUUGGAAUGGAAUAAAGUACAUGGUGAAGUUGAAAACUAUUGACCUUAGUUACUCCGAGAACUUGACAAGGACCCCAGAUUUCACAGGUACUCAGAAUCUUGAGAGGCUGGUUUUUGAAGGUUGUGCUAAUGUUGUUAAGAUUCAUCCAUCCAUUGCCUUUCUCAAAAGAUUAAGAGUUAUGAAUUUUAAAAACUGUAAAAGCAUUAAGAGUCUCCCAAGUGAAGUAGAACUGGAAUCUCUUGAAACAUUUGAUCUUUCUGGGUGCUCAAAAGUGAAAAAGAUUCCAGAAUUUGUGGGAGAAAUGAAGAAUUUUUCGAAGCUUUCUUUAAGCUUCACUGCUGUUGAGCAAAUGCCUUCAUCAAUGAUACCUUUGAUCCCGAGUUUGAAGGAGAUUGAUAUGAGUGGAAUUUCUAUGAGAGAAGCGUCAUCCGCCCUGGUUCCAGUGAAAAAUAUCGAACUGCGUAGAUCAUGGCAUUCUUUCUUCAGUUUUGGCUUAUUUCCCAGAAAGAAUCCUGAUCCUGUGAGUCUGGUGUUAGCUUCCUUAAAAGAUUUACGCUUUUUGAAGCGUCUACAUCUGGAGGACUGCAGUCUUUGUGAAGGAGCAAUACCUGAAGAUAUUGGUUUAUUGUCCUGUUUAGAAAAUUUACAUCUUGAUGGAAACCAUUUUGUUAGCCUUCCUGCAAGCAUCAGUGGGCUUUAUAACCUUGGUAUGUUCACAGUGAAGAAUUGCAAAAGGCUUCAAAAAUUGCCAAGCCUUCCAUCAAACAUGGAUCUAGAGUUGCGUGUAGACGCGGAUAAUUGUACUUCCUUAAAAACAUUGCCAGAUCCACCACGGAUCCGGAGCACUUCGAUUAUUUCUGUCAAUUGCUUCAGUUUGGUUGAUCAAAAAGGUUCCAGUUUCAUAAUAUAUUUAACGCUGAAGAAAUUCCUUCAGGAAAUUCCUCCUUCUUCGGGCAUCUUCAGUAUUAUAAUUCCUGGAAGUGAAAUUCCUGAGUGGUUCAACAAUCAAAGUGUGGGAGACCCACUAUUUGAGAAAGUAAAUUAUUCUAAUAGCAAGUGGGUGGGGUUUGCUUUGUGUGCUCUAUUUUGUGUUGAGGAAUCAAUUAAUUUAAGGGCAAGUUUCUUGGGUCGUUAUAUCAGUUUAAAUUGGCUUGAUUUAGAAACCGGUACUUCCUCGGAAUAUGCUAGUUCAGUAGACGGUGAUGUAUCGUCCGAUCACCUUUGGUUGAUCCUCCUGCCUAGGCAAAUUUUCGAUUGGCAGAAAUGCUACGAUAUUCAGUUUCAUAUCUACGCAGGAUUUGCUGCAGGAGAGAAGACGUGGUUGAAAGUGAAGAAGUUCGGAGUCCGCGCACUGUACGAACAAGACGCAGAAGAGCUCAACCGAACAAUGAAACAAUAUUCCAACAUAAAGAAUUCUUUUUAUGAGGACGUUACAGGUUGUGAUUUUGACAAAUCAGACAAGGUACAAGGUGCUAUUACUAAGCGAACACGUGAACAGUACUGUAAUGAGACAGGACCAAGCGGUAUUGGUAGCCUUGGCAAAGAAUCACUCUGCAAAAGAAUGAAAGAAGACUAACUUUCCAGUGCCUCAAAGGAAGACUUGAAAGGUUGAUCCAAAUUUGGUUGGGGGAGGAGAGUUCCGUCAUCCGGAAGCCUAACGGGCGCAUUUUACCGACUGAAGCAUUUAAACAUGGUUUGGGAGACAUCUAUUUAUGCUUAAAUUGUUUGUUUCUUAAUUAGGUUAAAUUCCACAUGUGCUGUAUAAAUUCAGUAGGUUAAUUAGUGCAGCCCUAUUUGAGAGAUUGACAUUAACUGGGGCAUGGACGAGUCAAUGAACUCCAAAAUGACCUGUGCUGUAA